GACAGACUUCAAGGCUGCUCCAUCCGAGGGGGGGAGAAAAAAACUUCACUUUGGUGAUAAAAGCGGACGAAAGGUUGUGCUUUUCUUCACGGACGUAAAAUGAAAGAGUUACGUGUCAGUGCAGCGGAUUUGGAGCCUGAAAACACCCCGAUGCGCCUCUGACAGCAGCGCCGCGCAGGCACCGUCUCAAGGAGCUCUCCGCCGGAGGAAUUUCUCUCUGAAUUCAAGUCAAGUUGGACAUCCAGGAACCAGUCUGGGAGUAAGCUACAGCACCUUCCUGCCGCCCUCACCGGACAGACAGACACACUAAACCUCCACCAUGGACGAAGAGCAGUGCUACUACAACGAGUCCAUCGCCUUCUUCUACAACCGCAGCGGCAAAUACCUGGCCACCGAGUGGAACACGGUGAGCCGGCUGGUGAUGGGCCUGGGCAUCACCGUGUGCAUCUUCAUCAUGCUCGCCAACCUCCUGGUCAUGAUCGCCAUCUACGUCAACCGCCGGUUCCACUUCCCCAUCUACUACCUGAUGGCCAACCUCGCCGCCGCCGACUUCUUCGCCGGGCUGGCCUACUUCUACCUGAUGUUCAACACGGGGCCCAACACGCGGCGCCUGACCGUGUCCACGUGGCUCCUCCGGCAGGGCCUCAUCGACACCAGCCUGACGGCGUCCGUGGCCAACCUCCUCGCCAUCGCCAUCGAGCGCCACAUCACCGUGUUCCGCAUGCAGCUGCACACGCGCAUGAGCAACCGGCGCGUGGUGGUGGUGAUCGUCAUCAUCUGGACCAUGUCCAUCGUGAUGGGCGCCAUCCCGAGCGUGGGCUGGAACUGCAUCUGCAGCGUGGACUCGUGCUCCAACAUGGCGCCGCUGUACAGCAACUCCUACCUGGUGUUCUGGGCCGUGUUCAACCUGGUGACGUUUGUCGUCAUGGUGACGCUGUACGCCCACAUCUUCGUCUACGUGCGGCAGAGGACCAUGAGGAUGUCGCGGCACAGCUCCGGGCCGCGCCGCAACCGGGACACCAUGAUGUCGCUGCUGAAGACCGUGGUGAUCGUCCUCAGUGCGUUCAUCGUGUGCUGGACGCCCGGCCUGGUCCUGCUCCUCCUCGACGUCUUCUGCGCCAGCUGCAACGUCCUGACCUACGAGAAGUUCUUCCUGCUCCUGGCCGAGUUCAACUCAGCCAUGAACCCCAUCAUCUACUCGUACCGCGACAAGGAGAUGAGCGCCACCUUCAGGCAGAUCCUGUGCUGCCAGCGCCAGGAGAACGUCAACGGGACGGCCGCCGAAGGGUCCGACCGAUCGGCGUCGUCCAUCAACCACACGGUGCUGAGCGGCGGCGGCAUGCACCACCACCACCACAACGAACACUCGGUGGUGUAACGGUGUCGCGGCGCAGGAGAUUACAGAGAUUAACCCGGUCGCUCGGUGGUUAAUCUCUGUGCAGGAGAUACUGAGGAAGAGAGGAUAAAUGGCGUUGAAGCUAAACCAAGAGGAGAAGAUGCUUUGACGAAGGGGGGGUUGAUGGGAAAUGUGGUGAACGGAUCGAGAGAUGGACUGAAGACGGGAAUUAGAGGAGGCUGAGAUGAAAGUGCAGAGAUCGAUGUGGUGGAGAAGAGGAUGAAGAAGAGGAUGAUGGCGGCUAUGAAGAAUGAAUAAAAGAAAUAAAGAAGAGACAAAUACACUUCAUCUGUGCGGAGACAGAAAAAGGGGCGGAGUCUGCUCGUCGGAGAGACUCUGACGGGCUGUUAGUAUUUUUGUUUAGUUUUAUUGUUUUAUAAUUGUGUUGAAUUUGUUGUUAUUGGCGAUGCUGAUAUGAACUAUUUAAGAUGUAAUCUGUGAAGUCGAGGUGAUGCCAGUAUAACCCGCCCUCUCUCGUUCUGUUCUGAUCCAGCUUUGCGACCUGUAGCGGUGGGUUUUAAACCGUACCCCCCCACCCUCCAGGAUCUGAGAAAAGAUUUUUUUUUUUUUUUUUUUUUUAAUUUGAGAAUUGAUUUUGCAGGCUGAAAUUACAGAUUUCAUCCCGUGUUUACAAAGUUGCAGUAUUUGGUUCACUGUGCCUUACAUUUCAAGGGCUGAGACGUUCAUGCAAGCAACAUGAAACAGCCGCUGGAUUUGGGCGCCCAUGGCUUAAAAUUAAAAUUCUGACAAGUCAGUUGAGGACUUGUCUUAAUUUUUCAAUUGCAAAAAAAAAAAAAAAAAAAAACAACUUUUAGGUCCCAACCCAGACUUUGAACAUUAUUCCACUCUCUCCUAUAAAACUUAAUCUCCAUAACUUCAUGCUAAUCUCGGCUGAAUUUCAUGAUAACAUUUUCACCCAUAUUCUAAGCCCAAGGUUUUAAACUUUUUUUUUUAAAUUAAAUGUAUUUUUUUAGAGACUCAAAUGAGAAUUAUUUAAUAGUAUAUAAUUAUUCUUGACAUGUAGAGACACCAAAAAUACCGCAGUGCUAUGAUGUGAGGCCCAUUUGGAUCGAGCCCACAGUUUGACUAAACAGACCUAAAUUUAAUUUCUGCACUACAUUAAUCGUUCUUCUUUUAAUCACAAGUGGUCAUAUAACUUUUAUACGCCGGGGACUCAGUUACUCCAAUGUCCCACACGAUGAUUUCUUAUUACUAAAACGCUUUUGUGAAACCAUCCCAGU